CUCCACCUCUGCGCUCGGCGAGCCACUUGCUUUUGCCAUCCCUACGGCGAAAACAUCCCCAUGGUCAUGUAUAUUUGCCAACCCAUCCAUUUUCUCGAUUACGCCGCCUGCAACGGGUCCCACAAGUCGCCGUUGCUCGUCACCGACCCACAGUUUGACGUCCUCUGCUCGAGCAUGGUAAAGUUCUAUUCUUUGAAGAGGUUCGUCGAGAAAACAGGGAAGUUUGCGGAGGAAUGGGGGAAGGCUCAUGAUGAGAAGAUGUUUCAUUAUUCGUCGGGGAUGCAGGCUGUGAUGCUGGCGACCGGGAUUUGUGAGAGGGUUAGUGUGUUUGGGUUUGGGAAGUCAACGGAGGCGAAGCACCAUUAUCAUACGAAUCAGAAGGCGGAGCUCGAUUUGCAUGAUUACGAUGCUGAGUAUGAGUUCUAUCGGGAUUUGGCUGAGAGGCCGCAGGUAACCAAUUAUCACCAAGAAGCAAUGCCAGUAUUCUAAAGUCUGUACAUAUGAAUCUAUACGUGGUAAAAAAUUUCUACAUAUUACACGUAGCAUUUGAACCGAGCAAAACCUAUUAGGUGUUCAUUGCUAUUCAGAGAAAGCAAUCUAGUAAGGUAGUCAGUCAUACUCUUCCUUUGUUUUUAUCUCUCUUCACUCAGAGGGCACUUACAUACGCUAAAUGUUUCUAUUUUUUACUUUUUUUCUUGAGAGGAUGUCGAGUAGUUGUGUGGUGUCUCAGGCAGAAUGUAUAGUUUUCUUCUUCAUUGACUUCUAACACUCAAGUCUGGUCGCGCUUACAUUCACAACGGCAGUUAUUUACUCUAGUUAUCUUUUAUUAGUCAUUUACUUAUUUGUGUUUAGAGAAGACUAGUCAUUUGUGCACUCAGCCAGAAUGUACAGUGUUGUUCUUCCUGUUCUUCAGAUUUGUUUUCUUAUCAUCAAGAUUAACAUGCAUUUCUUUCAAUUCUGCU